AUGUACCGAAGAACUGGCGAAUUCUUCGGUGUCAACGAAGCACUCUUCUCGUCAGCACUUGCCGCCGUCGUCUUCAGCACACUCAGCGCCCAGCCCCUGACGAUAGUUGGCGUCACCGGCCUGAUCUCUCUCUUCAACUUCACGAUCUACGACAUCAUCAAGAUUUACGACGUUUCUAUCUACCCACAAUUCAUGGCUUGGACAGGAAUUUGGGCUGCAAUUUUCCACUGGCUGGUUGCAGUCUUCAACGGAUGCGACUACAUGCGUUACGUGACGGACUUUUCUAGCGAAUCCUUUGGCUUGUACGUGGGAAUUAUCUAUAUCAUCAAAGGAGUCGAGGAACUAGUCAAUGAGUUCACGACUGAGGGCAGUGCUGCUGGGUACUUGGCUUGCUUGAUUGCCAUACUCUAUUUCGGAACAGUCUACGCGCUAGAAAAGCUUGGCUCUAGUACUCUCUGGAGAGCGGGUUUCCGAGGCAUUCUUGCAGACUACGCCUAUGUCUUUGCUACGGUUUUCUGGGUCGGCUUCUCCCACAUUCCAGGACCUUUAAAGGACGCACACAUUAUGAGAGUUCCCAUAGAGACAGCGUUCCAUCCCACACAGCCCCGAAACUGGCUGAUCGACUUCUGGAAUCUCGAUGUUAAGUGGGUGUUUGUUGCCAUGCCUUUUGGUUUCCUGACCAUGUUGCUAUUCUACUACGACCAUAAUGUCAGCAGUAUUACGGCACAAGCUCGCCAAUACCCACUUCAGAAACCUGGCGGGUUUCAUUGGGAUUUCUUCCUUCUCGGGUGCACCACUUUCGUCGCAGGCAUCCUUGGGCUCCCGAUGCCGAAUGGUCUUGUUCCCCAAGCUCCAGUUCACACAGACUCGUUGACAGUCUACAAGACAAGUCUGAAGAUCAUCCCGACAUCAGAGGGGGAGUAUACUGAGAUCCGCCGUCCAAUUGUCAGCGCAACUCAUGUCGUCGAGCAGCGGCUGUCGCACCUAUUGAUGGGGCUUGCCCUGAUUGGAACGAUGACUGGGCCUCUUCUUGUUGUUCUUCACACAAUGCCCGCCGCGGUCUUCGCUGGUGUAUUUUUCGUUGUGGGAUGGGGGUCCAUCGAGUCAAACUCCAUCUUGCAGAAAUUUGUGUUCCUCCACGCCGAGAAACGGUUCAUUCAACGCGACGAGCCAUUGCUACAAGUGCGCCGUCGCAAAAUUUGGCUUUACAUUAUUCUACAAUUCGUGGAUGUUGCGGCGUGUGUAGCCAUCUCGCACACCCUUGCAGCAAUAGGGUUCCCGGUUCUGAUCAUCUUGCUCAUUCCCAUGAGAGUUGUGUUGGUACCAAGAUGGUUCACUCAGAAGGAGUUGCGGAUUCUAGAUGACUUCACAGCGACGAACAAAAUGGUGUUAGCGAGCUUAGGUGGCAAGCCCGGCCUUCCUGGUGGUUCUCGGGAGGAGGAAUGGGGCUUGGAAAGACGUGUCAGCGAGAGCAAGCAUGGUGUGCCAAGACAGAGAGCUGGGAGCUUGCACCGCUAA